GUGUUCAUGACCAAUGGUGUAAGGGGGCGGGCCCGGAGUGUGUGAGAGCAGAGCGCGGCAGACCCCGGAGCCCCGGCGGAGAAGUCGUAGAUGUCGCUGCCCGGGCGCUGAGGCCAUGGCUCCCCAGAAGCACGGUGCCAGCUCCGGACCGGCGGGCCUCGGGGCCCCGUCCUCUUCCGGCGGCGGAGGAGCGGCUAUCCCUCCGGUGAAGAGACCUAAGAUGGAGCAGAUCCAGGCCGACCAUGAACUCUUCCUGCAGGCCUUCGAGAAACCCACCCAAAUUUACCGCUUCCUCAGGACGAGGAAUCUGAUAGCGCCCAUCUUUCUCCAUCGGACGCUCACCUACAUGUCUCACCGUAACUCCCGAUCAAACGCCAGAAGGAAAACCUUUAAAGUGAAUGACCUGCUGUGUAAGGUGGAGAAGAUGAGGGGCGAGCACGAGACGGACAGUCUCUCUGCUCACCUGCAGCUCACAUUCACCGGCUUCUUCCAUAAAAGUGAUAAGCCAGCUCCGAACUCUGAGAAUGAACAAAGCUCUGUAACCCUGGAGGUUUUACUGGUGAAGGUGUGCCACAAGAAACGCAAGGAUGUCAGCUGCCCCAUAAGACAGGUCCCCACAGGCAAGAAGCAGGUGCCGCUGAACCCAGACACCAGCCUCUCCAAAAUCAGCAGCUUCCCGUCCCUGGCCGUGUCCAGCAAUGAGUUUGAGCCCAGCAAUAGCCACAUGGUAAAGUCGUACUCCCUGCUCUUCCGAGUUACCCAACCAGAACACCGCGACUUCAACGGCAUGACUAACGGUGAAACCAACGAGAACAUUGAGGUCCUGGACGAUCCCCCAACCAGAAGGAAAAGGCUCUCAUCCAGUAGAGAUGAGGAGAAGACGUUUGUGGCGCAGAUGACUGUGUUUGAUAAGAACAGGCGUCUGCAGUUACUGGAUGGGGAGUAUGAAGUGGCCAUGCAGGAGAUGGAGGAUUGUCCGGUCAGCAAGAAGAGGGCCACGUGGGAAACCAUAUUAGAUGGCAAGCGACUGCCUCCGUUCGAGACCUUCUCCCAGGGUCCCACCCUCCAAUUUACCCUUCGAUGGACGAGCGACUCUUCAGAUAAAUCCACUGCACCAAUUGCUAAACCUCUGGCGACCCGUAACUCUGACAGCGUCCCCCAGGAGCUCCGAACCGUAGCCGUGAAGCCUCCACAGAGUAUAGCUGUAAAGGAGACCCUGUCGGCAGAAGUGUCGGGUAAGAGGGAGAAGGACCUGUCUGCUGAGGCCAAGCAGAAGCUGCGCAUAUUCUACCAGUUCCUUUACAACAACAACACGCGGCAGCAGACGGAGGCUCGGGACGACCUGCACUGCCCGUGGUGCACCCUGAACUGCCGCAAGCUCUACAGUCUCCUCAAGCACCUGAAGCUCUGCCACAGCCGCUUCAUCUUCAACUACGUGUAUCAUCCAAAAGGGGCGCGGAUCGAUGUGUCCAUCAACGAGUGCUACGAUGGAUCCUACGCCGGGAACCCUCAGGAUAUUCACCGACAGCCGGGCUUUGCCUUCAGCCGAAACGGGCCUGUGAAGAGGACGGCCAUAACCCACAUCCUGGUGUGCAGGCCGAAACGCACAAAGGGCGUGAUGUCUGAAUUCUACGAGUCCGAGGACGGUGAAGUGGAGCAGCAGCGGACUUACAGCAGCGGCCACAAUCGCUUGUAUUUCCACAGCGACAGCUGCCUGCCGCUCCGACCCCAGGAGAUGGAGGUGGACAGCGAGGAUGAGAAGGAUCCGGAGUGGCUGAGGGAGAAGACCAUCACUCAAAUCGAAGAGUUCUCCGACGUUAAUGAAGGGGAGAAGGAAGUGAUGAAGAUGUGGAACCUGCACGUCAUGAAACACGGGUUCAUCGCAGACAAUCAGAUGAAUCACGCCUGCAUGUUGUUCGUGGAGAACUAUGGACCCAAAAUAAUCAAGAAGAACCUGUGCCGAAACUUCAUGCUGCACCUGGUGAGCAUGCACGACUUCAACCUGAUCAGCAUCUCCACCAUCGACCGGGCCGUGUCCAAACUGCGGGAUCUGCAGGGCCAAUCCCCGCGCUCCGAGGAGGCGGCCGACGAGCCCACCACAUACCCGGCCAAUGGCUUCAGCGAGAACGAUGUGACGUCAGGGCCCCUGAAACCCAGCAAAAAGCAGCGUCUGUGAGGACGAGCCGAGCUUCCACCCCAGGGUGCCCUGCAAAGCAAUACACCCCAAAACCAAGCGGCUCCCCCCACUGGCCGCCGCGGGGCCACCACUUUUUUACUCUGUUGUUGCUUCCAGGACAGACUUCUUUUUAGCUUUUUCUGAAUGAUGAAUGAGGUUUGUAUUUCCCCCCUCACAUUUUAACUUUUAUGGGGAGGGGCCAAGCAACCAUGAAAUAUAAUUGCCCCCUCCCAUUAUUAUUUGGGAAAACUGUACAUUAUGGCAGCUGUAUGAAGGUAACGUAUGGCCACUUGGCGCAGUGAAUAAACUAUGGACUGUA